AUGUCUCACGUAGACGGCCCAAUGGCCCACACUAAUCUACAUGGUGCCCAGAACCUGGGAGAAGAAGAAAGUGUUGAAGAAUUCCCCGGAUUUCCCGACACUUCGACGAAAUUAAGAAAGCUCAAAUUGGAGAGUCGACGCCAAAAUAUGGCUGCGUUGUGCCGCGGAAAGUUUAAGUGCAGAAAAAUAACAGAGUGGAUGCCGUUCUGGGAUCAGUUUAAGGCUAUUGUCGAUUACAAGCCUAUGCCUCCUGUUAAUAAAUUUAUGUACCUGUGCUCUGUGUUAGAGGGCGAGGCGAAGAGAGUUACACAGGGUCUAGCUCAGACAGCAGCUAAUUAUAAAUCAGUAUGUGAACUGUUAGAAGAGAGGUAUGCUAAACCGAACAAGAUCAUUUCCGCCCAUACUCAGGACCUGAUGCAGAUUGCGAUGUCAAGGACACCGAAGUACGACAAUCAACUAUCGGCGUUGCGGAAGUUGAAAGAUGACGUAAUUGCCCACAUCCGCAGUUUAGCGGCUCUUGGGGUAGGAGGGGACCAAUAUGGGCGGGUAUUGACGCCCAUGAUCCUGUCCCUGCUCCCUCAUGAGAUCAGACUGGAGUGGUCUUGCAGUCAACAAGAAGAAGGAGAUCUGGAUGGGUUGCUGGAAUUCCUGCAACGAGAAAUAGAGGGGCGAGAAAGGGCUGAACCACCGGAAGGCUGA